AUGGCGCCCUGCCAACAGGCCACACCACCUUCCAAAUCAUCAACGAUCAUCAACAUGGCUCGUUCUGUCUCAUCACCCGCUUCUCAGAAGAAAGGGAAACGAAAGUUGAAAGAAAGCCCAGCUCGCUCCUCGCCAUCUCAAAACGAUGACUCUCCUCAGAUCCCACAGGAAGAAGCAGAAGACGAAGGCGACGGCCUCACCAAGCCUGCUGACGAGAGCUCGAAAGAUGGCCCCGAUGGCGAAAAUAGGCCCCCUGAUCAGGGUUCAUCCACUCAUGGAAGUGUCAAUGGAAGCACGCCCGAAUCAGACUCCGAUGAGGCCCCAGAAGUUAUCAGUAUCGUAGCCGGCAAGCGGCAAAUCAAACAGAGAGAAGAGGAAAUCGAUAACUUUGCCAAAGCGACAGCACGAGCAAGACGGCAAGCCAAUCGUGUUCGAGACGAAAAGCUGAAAAAGAAUUCCAAGACGCGUAAGACGAAAAUUAAGACAACCGGGACUGAAGUGGAUCCAGAGGAAUCGUCCUCGUCGGAUGAAGAGAAAGAGGAUGACUCUGCAUCAACUAAGCCUGUUCCUGCUGCAAUUCCUGUCAACACGAAGAAAUACCUGGACCCUUCACUCUUUUCUUCAGCCUCUCACACCCUCGAAAAAUCGAAACAAGCAUCAUUAGCCCGCGCAUCAGAAAAAUCAAAGCUGUUGAACACUCGUCGGAAGAAGCAGAAGAAGCUUGAAAAUCAAGAUUGGAAAGACCUUGGUAAUAAUACGACGGUCGUCCAUCUUUCCCAGACCGAUCAUCUCAAUCCAGCUGCACGCCCAAUCGCAGCUGCCAACUUUGUUCGGAAUCGCCUAUACACCAAACCCAACCGGUCUGCUGUCAAACUACCCAAGGCUACUCUUGCCGCCAAAGCAGAGAUGGGCUCUCGGAAAUCAGCCAUCGAAACUACAUACUCCCGCAGGUCUCUGAAACCAUCCCUUGUUUUUGCCCGCUCUCAAGGCUGAUCGAUCACUUGUAAUCUACUUAUAUCCGCCUUUCCUCUGACUCAAUAUUUGACACUGAUGGAAAGAAACCAAUCCUCUGCCAAUUACGUUUGUGUUUAUUGUAUUCUUUUUCUUUUUUCAAGUAAAGUCAACCUUGGUUCUUGAUAUGAUUUGCCCAAACCAAAUAUGUGGUUUGGCUGGUUGCAUGGCCGUGGUUUUCUUUCUUACUUGCAUGUUUGAAUCACAAAUGAUGUGCUCCUGUUUUGUUUUUUGGAUGCGAAGUGAAGCCAAAAUGUGGGUAGUAGGUACCAUGUUGUGUACCAG